AUGAGAGCGCUUGCGGCUGCAGCUGUGGCACUGAUACCGCUCGGUGCCGCAAAGGAAGUCUUCACAGACAACCCGGUCUGCCUCCAGAACCACUGCAUCAACCCAGUGUUCCCAGGCCUCGAAGACCUUCAUCGACUGAGUAACUCCACGAAGUGGUACUGCACCACCAUGGAAGACACAGCACUCUCCAUCGGCUUCUGUAAGGGGGCGAUUGACUACGACAUCGCAGUACCGGAACCUCAGAGUGCCGAAGAGAAAAGUGUGGCAGCUUUGGUCCGAAAGCAGGAUCGUGCGGCCAACACCGCUUACUUUACUCACCUGGCUGGACUGGGCAAGGAUGCCUGGGACUAUCCUAACCCCAAGGAUGCGGACGACUGCAUCCAGUCCAUCUGGAAGAUGGUUUGCUAUACCUACUUCCCCCGUGCGAAGGCCGGUUGCAGCCGGGGCAGUGAGACGGAGUACAUCCGGCCCUGCAUGAGCUCCUGCCAAAACUACGUGAAGUCCUGCGCCGUGCAGUGCUGCGAUGAGUCGGUGCAGUGUGUGUUUCACCACGAGAAGCCGCUGACGAAAACCACGGUCCUCGCAACUUCCGGCUAUGCCCCCCAUGAUGGGCCCUCGGCCUUUUGCACUGGAGCUGCGCACCGCUCCGCUGGACCCGGCGUGGCCUUGCUCGCGGCAGUGCUUGGGGCUUUUGCGAUCGACGGGAAGUCGAGCCGCUUCUGCCUCCUUGCGCUCCUGGCACCACUUGCUCUGACACUUCAGGGUUGCAGCACCUGCGAGGUUCUGGGGCAGGCCAUGGGCCAGUUCGUGAACGCUCACACCGUGGGGAACUGGCGCCAGCAGGAUGACUACCUGGUGACCUAUCAGUUUGUGCCUCCUGGGGCCUCCUCGAGAGAAGCCGUCCUCAACUCCUGCUCUUUGCCUGGACUCUCUCCGACGCUGCAGUGCAGUGGACAUGGUGGCUGCCAUUCUUGGGAGAAGACUUCUGACAGCAACCCCACCCCAUUCUGCAAAUGUGAUUCCGAGUGGGCCGACCCGGAGUGCCGAACGAAGAGGAAGUCCCAGACCACCGCCUACUUCUUGGCCGUGUUCCUGGGAGUGAUCGGUGCAGAUCGCUUCUACCUCGGCCUGACCUACUCCGCGUGGCUCAAGCUGAUCACGCUCGGAGGUUUGAGCGUUUUCUGGAUCACGGAGAUUCUGAUCACUGGCUCCGCCCCUGUGAAUCUUCAGAAAGACCUCCGCAGCUGGUCCGGCAUUUGCAAGGUCUUGGUGUUCUUCGCCCUUUCGAGUUGGUAUGUCAUCGACAUCGUCCGCACCGGUUCCGCUCCGAUUGAGACAUCCGGCUUCAAGACGGCACCAGACUUCCCGCGCGAGGUUUUCGUGGCCUGCACGGUCAAGCCCUCACUUCCAUGUGUUUGUGGCGAUGUUUGCUGGAUUCUUGUGAGCGUCACGGCCAAGCGCCGCAACCUUUGGCUGAUGCAAGGAACUUCUGGGCCGAGCGUAGGAUCACAUGGGGAAGGCACCUCGGCUGGUGAGCGAAGUCAAAGUCCAUGUACGGCUCGCUCUGAGAUGCCACCGCGGCACGUGCAACGAAAAGCAGAUGACGAAAAGAUAACACCGGUGCUAAGCGGUGCUUCAAGUGCACCGGCAAGCUCGGGAGGGGCAUUGCUUGAUGCUGCCGGCAAGCUGCCAGGAAGACAGGUGUUGCUCGUAUACGGCUGGACCUUGUGCCUUGCCAGCCGCUCUUCUUUGCCCACCUCGCCGUAUUUGCAGCUGCUCUACAAGGCACCUGCAGCCUUCACCCUGAAACCUUCUCCUAUCGUAGGCGAGGUCGGCAUGUCUCAUUCGUCCGCUGUCUCUCUUCGAAGAUGGAAGACCCACUGCUUCUACAGAGCUGAGCUGAAUUGGCAGAAACUGGUGGCACCGCUGCAGACGGCAGAUCCAGAUGCCCCCGAUGAGGCUGUGGUGAAGACGGUUGGUGUCCUGGACGCCUAUGGCCUCCGCAAGGAUCACCUCACUGAGCACAUCACAGAACUCAGGCGCACUGAGCGUUUCAGGGUCGAGGGUCCCAGGGUCUUUUGUCUCUUGAACCAGACCAGCUUCUCAGAAGGUACUCCAGCGAAGCGAGCAGGUACCACACAUUUGCUGGUCCUUCGGGGUUGCCUUCUCAAGCAAGACUUGGUCUUCCAGUAUGACGAGGACUACCUGGGUGCGACGUCCAGAGACAUCACGCGCCACUUUCGCAAUGCAGACCCAGACUUGCAUCCGUUUGAACGUGCCCGAGAGUACCAGCGGGCUUUGAAGGCGGCAAAGUUGGAGAAGAUCUUUGCCAAGCCGUUUGUAAAGGCGCUUGAUGGGCACACGGACUCCGUCAAAUGCAUGGCGAUUGCACGGCGCAUGGCCGCGCCCUUGCUGAGCGGGAGUUGUGAUGGGGAGCUUCGACUUUGGGACAUGCAGUAUCUUCGCUGCGGGACCUCUGUCACCAAAGCCCAUGAGGGCUUCGUGCGUGGCGUCACCAUGAGUCCCGACGGACGAAAGGCAUUCUCCUGCGGCGAUGACAAGGCAGCCAAGAUGUGGAGCAUCAAGCCCAAAGCGUGCGUCAUCUCGGAGGAAGCAGAGGCGGUGUACAACAUGGCCUAUAUUCCAGGGGCUAUCGAUCACCAUUGGCAGCGGCCUAUGUUCGUCACGGUUGGAGACACGGUGGAUGUGUGGGACUACAAUCGGUCAACUCCACUGAGCUCCUUCGAGUGGGGUUGCGAGCGGGUCAUCACGGGCCGCUUCAAUCCUGCGGAGCCUUGUCUGCUGGCAUCCACGGCGGUGGACAGGUCGAUCGGCCUCUACGAUCUACGUGGGAAUGCCUCGAUCCGGAAGGUCAUUUUAAAGAAUCGGUCCAACGGUAUCUGCUGGAAUCCAAUGCGCCCGAUGAGCUUCACCGUGGCGAACGAAGAUUGUAGCUUGUACACCUUCGACAUGCGCAAGCUCUCAGCAGCAAUGUACAGACAUUGGGAUCAUGUCAUGGCCGUUCUGGAUGUGGACUACGCACCGAACGGCCAAGAGUUUGUGUCGGCCAGCUACGACAACACCGUCCGGCUCUGGAACUGCACGGCACAGAGAUCCAAGGAGGUCUAUCAUGGAAAGCGAAUGCAGCGAGUGCUUUGCUGCCACUUCACCCCAGACGGCAGAUUCGUUCUCUCUGGUUCGGAGGACACGAACAUCCGGGUCUGGAAGGCCAAAGCUGAUCAGAAGCUUGGCGUGUCAACGCCUCGAGAGAAGAGAGCAGAGGCAUACAGAGAAACUCUGAAGAAAAAGUUUGCACGGAUGCCGGAGAUCGCUCGCAUCAAGCGACACAGGCAUGUGCCCAAGAUGAUCAAGUCGAUGGGGAAUAAGCGGCGCAUCAUGAGGGAGGCGAAACAGCGCAAGGAGACAAAUCGCAAGAAGCAUUCGAAGCCGGGAAGUGUCGUUCACGAACCCAUGAAGAAGCGGCACAUCCUCAAGGAGCUUCAGUGA